GUGCCACUGUAAUGAGAGAAUUAUUCACUUCACCUGUCUGUGGUCUUAAUGUUAUGGCUGAUUGGUGUAUGUUAAGCUGCCCAGGGCCAUGAUAUAAGACACAGAUAAAGGAAUGUGUGUGUGUGUGUGUGUGUCCAUUUGCUUUGGACAACCUCUCUGUACCUGUUUACACUUGCACUGUAGUAUCACUGACUGCUUACGUGUCAAACUGGCUUUUGUCUUGUGUACAUAUGACCUUGUCAGCAGGACGUUUUGUUGAAGCCCUUAUUUUUACUUUGCAUGCUUGCACUUUUUAAUUGCUGAAGUGAUAUGAGAAGGCAGUAACGUGCUAUUAUCAUAUUUAUGAUUUUGUCUAUCUGCACAUUCAAGAAAUUCUGUUCACUUCUGUGCUGCAUCUUAUCGACAUGUGCGUUGCUGAAGGGAAUAAAAAGUGGAGAUGAAACAGAAAUGAGACAUUAGUUUGCUUGCUUCUGUUACCGAUACACCACUCCAGUACAACAGUGUCAAACUCCCGUUCCAGUUGGACAUGGAGUCUGCCAUUAAUGUCCUCGUGGCCCAGUUCAAGACUUAUGCUGCUAAAGAUGGCAGCUCACACACCCUGAGCAAAGAAGAAUUCCAGACCCUUGUGGUGUCCCAACUACCAAACCUCGUCAAGAAUGCCAGCGAUCCAGCUGUGAUCAACCAGCUCAUGAGCUCCUUGGAUGAGAACAAUGACGGGGAGUUGACAUUUCAGGAAUUCUGGCAGCUGAUUGGCAAACUGGCGAGCACUCAUGGUGGCUUCAGCCAAUAACUUUAAAAUGCAAACAAUUUGAAAGCUCUCAUUAAUACACACAUGCAAUUCAUGUCAAAUAGAGCCGAGAGUGUAAGUUAACCAUUGAUGAAGACGAGAGAUGUGAAAUAAAAAGCAGCUGUUGUGGUCAUAAGA